CCAUAAGCCUCACGAUGUCUGCCCAUUUCGACAUUGCCACUUUCCUACACCCCGAUCUUUGCGCGAAUAAAGAACGAAAGGAAGACACAACAGAGUCGCCUUGCCAAGAUGUAGCCAAUCUCGUCUGUCGUUCUUGCAGGUUGGCUCAGUAUUGUACGAAAGAAUGCCAGAUCACAGACUGGCCUCGGCACAAGAAAACGUGUAAGUCGGACAUCAUGAAGAGUGUGUACGUCCCAGGAUGGAUCCGGGAAGGCCGUGGUCCUAGCUGGGUCUCCGACAAUGAACUCUCAUCGAAGUUUGGCUCGAAUCAGUAUCUCUGGGGCAAUAUGCCAGCCGUGAGCCUCUUGAGAGCGUUGGAAAGCAAGUCCACCGACCGCGAUGUGAGCUUACUUUUCGCGGCCUCGGGCGACUUGCGAAAUGUCGUUAAAUCGACCGUAGAAGGUCUUCCGGAUGGACACAAGGGCCGAUUCCUGCUUGUAAUAAACGAUAUCAACUUCAUGAUUGUGGCCCGCAAUGCCAUCCUUCUGUUUGUCGCAUUGAGUCUUGAGGCCAACGAUGCAGUUCCGAUCAUGAUGCAUUUAUGGUACUCGGCACUCCUCCCUCGUGUCAUGGUAGAGACGCUUGUUGGCGUGGUACUUGGACCCAUCGCUCAAACGUUCUCUUUUAGACGCAGAUCCUUGCGAAUCACGCUAAUGAAGCACCAAUGGGACAAGCUGAACGACUACCUCCACGUUCCAACGGAAAUGACGCAAGAGGACGCGCAAGAUAUUCGGCGUCGCGUGAUGCUGGCUGCGGAGAGAGUAGACUAUUUGCAUCGCGCGCUUUGCAACCAGCCCCCUUCUUUUCGGGUGGCAACGGUGACAUUCCGCAACGAUGGCAUGCUGCUGCCGCAUGGCGCAUCGAGAGAAGAGUUCGACACACCCAAUCCAUCAUUCUUCCAUGAGGAUCGAACUUGGCCUAUGAUGGACGACGCGAGCCCCCUCGACGGUUGGAACUAUCACGAGUACAUCAAGUUCGCACCAAGGGCAAGCAAUGAUAUCAUGGGAAGCUUCUUCUUCUUCUUGAGAGAUACUCUUCUAUGUUUCUGCAAGCGUAUCGAGGACAUUGAUAUCCAUUUUCAGCUGUUCAACGUUGAUGCUCGGGAACUCCCACGCUACCUCAGCACAGAGGAAUCUUUCGAUUGCAUCGAGGUUUCAAACAUCUGCGAUCGUGGAUACGUUGGAUUUGAAAGAGUCCUUUCCACGUUCGGCCCGCUGCUCAAAUCAAAAGCCGUCAGCCCACACGCGACACUUCUUAUGCUCUUUUUGAACGCUGUCGGUGAAGUGUAUGAGCAACAUGAUCGGAACGGCCAACGGCGCUUCCGAGAAUCUCGACGGCUCAUGCAGCAAUUUAUUCCCCUUACGCCUCAGAAUAUCAUGUCCAUGAUGGUCGGCGAUGCGAUGAGUAGCCCAGAGAUGAUUCGGAUCUCCUCAUGUUAUACUAUGUUUGGUGAUCUCGAAAAGGCUUUCGGUGUUUACAUGGAAGAGACCCAGAUGUACAGAUUCAUGCAGAAGCACGGAAUGAAGAUUAAGCGAAAGGAUUCGAUUGUCGAGCCCUGGCCGUUGAGAAUCACGGAAGAAACAACUCUGGAAGAGUUUGCGAUACGAUGUGCCACGUCACACACCGGCUGUGAGCGUUAUAUGGAAUUCGAAAGGUUAUAGUUCUCGAACGACCUCUGGACAGCGAAGAAAACCAGGCCGGAUUAACUGAAGAAAUUAUGGGGUAUCUCACUGUGAAGUCAGCAGGGACCUUUAUGAUCAGAUGUUAGAGAUCUAUUCAAUAUUGAGCGUUUCAGCUUGCGUGACUGCGUGGCAUCAACAAUGUCUCUUUGGAACCGG